AUGGAGAAAAAACUCAAAGCGGCUCAGCAUAAAAAGAAGGUUGCGUUGGAGAAUAUCAAAUCGCUUGAAAGAUUUGUGACCACGUUCUCCAAGGAUGAAGUGGGUCAGCUUCCAGGUGCAUUGGAGAGGCUUCAGCAGCAAAAGGAGGAUUUCUUCGCAGCGAUGGCGAAAUUAGAAGAACUCGAUGAUAGCAGUGAAGCGUUGGAAUCGUGUAUCAGCGAUAGGAUUGACAUGGAGGAGCGUUGCCAACGUUUGAAGGCAUUCUUGCGGACGAAUCUUCCGAAGGAGACACCAGAUUCUUCGAUGCUGGCAAACUCAACAAUGGCAUUUGGACGGCCAACUGCAACCAAUCUUCGGCUUCCAAAAAUCGAAUUGCCUACGUUCGACGGUGACUCUACAAAAUGGCUCUCGUUUCGCGACCGUUUUGUAUCGAUGAUCGAUGAUUCGGCAGAAUUGUCAUCGAUUGCUAAACUGCAGUAUCUACUGUCAUCUUUAAAGGGCGACGCUGCUUUACCCUUCGAGCACACACCGUUAACAAACGAAAACUACGCGGUCACUUGGAAGGCGCUGUUGAAAAGAUACGACAAUACACGUAGCCUUAUUCGUGAGUAUUGGCGGAAACUUCAUUUUCUUCCGGUGGUAAAAUCAGAGAGCGUCGAAGAUCUAACUAAUUUAGUGGAUGAAUUCACACGGCAUUUGAAUGGUUUGGCCAAGCUGAAAGAACCUGUGGAGGCAUGGGAUACUCCUUUGUCCAACAUGCUGCUGAUGAAGUUCGACAGCGAGACCAUUCUUGCGUGGGAGAAGCAUUCCGUCCACUUCGAGCGGGACAAAUAUCAGGAACUGAUGAAAUUUGUCGAAGAUCGGAUCCAGAUCCUCAAAUCCACUAAAAGCCUUACCAUUGUAGAGGAUUCGACGAUUAAGGUGGCCGGCAACGCACGGCAAAAUACCUCACGGAGAGCUAUUACAAACACCGCAGCCAUUCACAAAUCUUCGGGGCAACCACGGUGUUUGUUGGAGUGCGUUGAAAAUCACUCGCUACGCAUGUGUCCAAUAUUCAACGGCAAGGAUGUGCAGCAACGACGCGAUAUCGUGGCAAAGAAGCGCUGCUGCUGGAAUUGCCUAAGCAAUACGCAUCUAGCGAAGCAAGGAAGGGUGUUUGUUGGAGUGCGUUGA